GACUGUUGCUUAGUGCCACGUUGAUGGAGACCAGUGUGGACGUGGAAAUCUGUCUCGAACCCAGCAGCCUUCGCCCUUCUGCCUCCACGGCCGUUGAUCCUCGUCCAAACUCGGGGAAAAAACGGGGACUUGUCCGAGCUGUUUUAUGUGUUGACGUGAGGAGCCAACUAGAGGAGAAGGAUGAAACUUAAAGAAAUUAACCGCACAGCCAUCCAGAGCUGGAGUCCUGCACAGCAACACCCCAUCUACCUGGCAACAGGAACAUCAGCCCAGCAGCUGGAUGCCUCCUUCAGCACCAAUGCCUCCCUGGAGAUUUUUGAGCUGGACUUGGCUGAACCAUCCCUGGACAUGAAGUCAUGUGGGACGUUUUCCUCCCCUCACAGAUACCACAAACUGGUGUGGGGUCCCUUCGGCAUGGACAACGGGGCUCACGCGUCCGGUGUACUCAUCGCAGGAGGCGAGAACGGGAACGUCAUUCUGUAUGACCCCGCAAAGAUCAUGGCCGGAGAGAGCGAUGUUGUCAUUGCUGAGAGCAACAAACACACAGGACCAGUGAGAGCUCUCGACGUUAACCCCUUCCAGACAAACCUGGUGGCGUCAGGUGGGAAUGAGUCGGAAAUUUAUAUCUGGGAUCUAAAUAACUUUGGUUCUCCAAUGACACCAGGACCUAAAACACAGCCUCUGGAGGACAUCAGCUGCAUUUCAUGGAACAGACAGGUCCAGCACAUCUUGGCCUCCGCUAGCCCCGGCGGCCGGGCAUCAGUGUUCGACCUCCGAAAGAACGACCUCAUCAUCAAAGUCAGCGACCACAGCAACAGAAUGCACUGCUCUGGGUUGGCCUGGAACCCCGAUGUGGCCACACAGUUGGUCCUGGCCUCGGAGGACGACCGGCUGCCAGUCAUCCAGAUGUGGGACUUGCGUUUUGCUACCUCUCCUCUGAAGGUUUUGGAGCACCACGCACGCGGGGUCCUGGCCAUCGCCUGGAGCGUGGCUGAUCCGGAGCUGCUUCUGAGUUGCGGCAAGGACAGUAAGAUCCUGUGCUGGAAUCCAAACACAGCGGAGGUGCUGUACGAGCUGCCCACCAGCAGCCAGUGGUGCUUUGACAUCCAGUGGUGCCCCAGAAACCCGGCAGUGUUGUCGGCGGCGGGCUUCGACGGACACAUCGACAUCUACUCCAUCAUGGGAGGCAGCAGCCAGGCGCAGAGCCAGAGACACGCUGACCAGAUCUGCAACUCUUUUGGAAACAUGGAUCCGUUUGGGACGGGACAGACGUUGCCUCCGCUGCAGCUGCCUCAGACCGCUGACACUCCUGUCGCAGUCGCCCCCCUGAAGAAACCUCCCAAGUGGAUCCGCAGACCCGUGGGAGCCUCGUUCGCCUUCGGUGGGAAGCUGCUGUCCUUGGAGAACACGCAGCCUCAGCAGCCCUCCUCGCAUAUUGUCCGCAUCAGUCAGGUCGUUACGGAAACAGCUUUUUUGGAGCGCUCUGAGAAGCUGCAGGCCACUUUGAGCUCGAGCGGCUUCGUGGACUUCUGCCAGGAAAAGAUCGAUGCCACUGUGAAUGAAUUUGAAAAGACCGUUUGGUCUUUCCUGAAGGUUAAUUUUGAAAGUGAUGUUCGCAGCAAGUACCUGGAGCUUCUGGGGUACGACAAAGAGGAGUUGGCCUUUAAGAUUUCAGCAGCCUUAGAGGAGAAACCCGCUGAUCCUCCAGACCUGGAUGUGCCCGCUCCCACCUCCCUGCAGCCUUUAGAAGACCUCAGCCUCGCGCCACCUGUUGACACUCCAGAGGCAGCGUUCGACUUGAUCGCUGCUGCAAACCUCCAACCGGCAGCCGCGCUGGACCUGAGCUCCAGUCUAGACCCGGAGAUGGAGGAUGCGGCAGCAACAGAGGACGCUGCCACCAGUGAACCAGAUGCAAUUAUGGACCAGGCUCUCCCAGACGAGGAGGAGACUGAGGGGAUUGCAGAAGAAGAAGGAGCAGAGGAAGAGAAGGAGGAGGAGGAACAGGAGGAGGAACAGGAGAAGGAGGAACAGGAGGAGGAACAGGAGGAGGAGGAACAGGAGGAGGAACAGGAGGAGGAGGAGGAGGAGAUCCCCCUGAUUGAGGAGACGACAGCACAGGUGGAGGUGGAGGAGGCCAGUCCGGUGGAGACGCCGGCCGAGAUCCCGACUCCACUUCCAACCCCGGCAGGAGGAGCCGCCCUGAGCAUCAGCCAAGAUGUGGAUGGGCUGAUCACGCAGGCCCUGCUGACCGGAAACUUUGAGGGGGCUGUGGAACUCUGUCUCCAUGACAACCGGAUGGCAGACAGCAUCAUCCUGGCCAUCGCCGGAGGAGCCGAACUCUUGGAGAAGACCCAGAAGAAGUAUUUCACGAGGACGCACAGCAAGAUAACAAAGCUCAUCAGUGCAGUGGUGAUGAAAGACUGGCACGACAUCCUGAGGACGUGCGAGCUGCAGAACUGGAAGGAGGCUCUGGCUGCCGUCAUGACCUACGCCCAGCCCGAGGAGUUCUCCUCCCUCUGUGAUCUUCUUGGCAGCAGACUGGAAGCGGCGGAAGACGCUCGGCUGCAAUCUCAAGCCUGCUUGUGUUACAUCUCCGCUGGCAACGUGGAGAAGCUCGUGUCCUGCUGGACCCGAGCCCAAGAAGGACAUUGUCCUCUUUCUCUGCAGGACCUGGUGGAGAAGGUCGUGGUGUUGCGUCGCGCGGUGGAGCAGACGCAGCACACGGGUCCCGUCGCCAUCGGCAUCCUGCUGGCUGAGAAGAUGAGUCAGUACGCUGGUCUGCUGGCCUCCCAGGGCAGCCUGUCCACCGCCAUCACCUAUCUGCCCAAUGACACCGACCAGGUGUCCGUGCAGCAGCUCCGGGACCGUCUCAUUCGAGCUCUGGGGCAGCAGACGGCAGCUCCUGCACAAACCCAGAGAGGUUCCCGUCCAUCUGAGAGGCCUCAGCCCGGCUCUGCUCUGCCCCGUCAACCCUACGCUGGGGCCCAGCCCGCCGGGCCGCCUCAGCCCACUCCGGCUCCGGCUCCAGUACCGGGACCUGCUCCUGCCUCUGCCCCGCCACAGCCGCAGUAUUACCAGCCAGUGAGGGCUGCCUCCACUGUCACCUCCUGGAGUAACCAAACUCCCACAGCCCUCCCCAAUGUCCCUCCUCCUCUUCAAGUAGGCAGCGCCUCAGAGCCGCAGGUGGAGCCUCCAAACCCCAUGUAUGGGAUGCCCGCUUCCGGCCCAGCAGCGGCUCCUCCACCCUCCUCUUCUGCGGCGUACUUAUCCCAGCAGUACCAACAACAUCCUGUAGGAGCUCCGGCCUUCUCCCAGGUCAGCCAGUACCCUCCUGGAGCCGGGGGGCAGCCUGUCUAUCAGCCUCUUCAGUACUCCUCUGCUCCUCCUCAUCCUCCUCAUAAUCCUCCCCCCGAGGCCUCCUCGCACCCCCCUCACCCUCCCGGCUUCCUCUCUCAGUACAUUCACCCCGUCCCGUCUCAGCUGGCACCUCCUCUCUAUCCGGGACAACCUCCCAUCAGUCACUCCUUGUCCUCCUCUCCUCCUUCCUAUGUUCCUUUCUUUCCCACCUCAUCUUCCUUUCCCGCUCCUCCGUCAUCUGGAGCGUCUUUCCAGCAUGGUGGUCCAGGAUCUCCUGUGUCAUACAUGCCUCCUCAUCCUCCGCUGAGCGGAUUCUCAGGACCUCAGAACGGCUGGAACGACCCUCCAGCACUCACCCGAGUACCAAAGAAGAAGCAUGCCCCACAGAACUACACUCCUCCGGCGCCCAUCACGGCUCCCAUCAUGGCCCCGCUGGGCGCUGACCCUCAGCCCCAACCAAUGACCUCCGGGGCCAUGCAGACCAUGGUGCUGGGCCCCCACGGUGCCCAGGUCCCCUACUCAGGCAUGCAGCAGCAGCCGCUCUCCUCUCCGCCCAUGAACCCUGCGAUGCCCAACACCAGCGGGGAAGGCGCGCCAGGAGCACCGACGGGAGAAAUGAUCCAGACUCUGCAGUCCAUCCCUGCUGAGAAGAUCAUGAAGAAGCCCAUCCCUGAUGAGCACCUGAUCCUGAAGACCUCAUUCGAGGGGCUGAUCCAGAAGUGCUUGGCUGUAGCUACCGACCCUCAAACCAAGAGGAAGCUUGAUGAGGCCAACAAGCGCCUGGAAGCUCUCUACGACAAACUCAGAGAGCAGACGCUCUCCCCUGCCAUCGUAGCCGGACUUCACAACAUCGCCAGGAGCAUCGAGGCCCGCUGCUACGCUGACGGCCUCAACAUCCACACCCACAUAGUCAGCAACAGCAACUUCAGCGAGACGUCGGCGUUCAUGCCCGUCCUGAAGGUGGUGCUGACGCAGGCCAACAAGCUCGGUGUGUGACCAGAAACGCAGCCUCUCGUCUGGCUGGCGGGUCGAGGCCGAACCGAGCAUCCACUCGCUUGGCAGGGAGAUCCAUUUGACUCGAAUUCGGAGGGAAAAACACCACAAUGACGUUCUGUUCUUUGUGCCAUUCAAGUUUUUAAUGAUGCAACUUAAACAAGCCAUGAGGUCGGUCGCUCUCAGUGGUGAAAGUAACGUGUGAGCCAAACAAAUGGAUAUUAAAAAUAGCACCCGAACAAGCAGACGGGCCCACGGGCUGCAGGAUGAAACACUCGUCACUCAAAUUUCAGGUCUCGAGGACUCAUGUAGGAAAGUGCAACAGUCUUAUUGAAGCGCAACUAAAAUUUAGGAAAACAAAAACCAAGGAUUUUAUCAAAUAGAGGAAAAGCAACAGCACGCUUGUGAAUUUUUAAGUCUUUUCUGUCCGCGUAAUCAGAAUAAAUGUCAUUUUAAAGCGUUAAAUUAAUGUCAAUCAUGUAUGCAUGCUUUUAACUCGCAGAUCAUGCAAAUUUUAAGCUUGUCCUUCUUUAUAAUCUACACAUUUCACUUACAAUACUGUCACAAUUUAAAAUCCAUGACUUUUAAAAAAAAAAUACUUUUUUUUUUUUAAAUAUUUUUAAAUAAUGAACAGCAACUACGAAAAUAUGGAUGAAAUUAAAAACAGGACGUCAUGUCAUCAGAAUUUUUUUUUAUUCCUCUUAUUUCUGUAAACCCUCUUUCUGCUCUCAGACUUACCUUCACCACUGGCGCCUCCGGGGUCAAUAUGUUAGAUGGUCGUGUGAAGCGGUGCAUCCUCACACGCAAGAGCAUUAAUGUUUUAUUUGAUUUCUUUUUUUAUGUCUAAUUUUUUUAUUUCUGUAAUCACAUGGCUCAGCAGAGUGCAAUAAACUUUAGAAAAAUAGGCUUUUAUGGAAUUUAAAAGUGUGCAUGCUCUAGAAAACCCCAUCAGUUGUUUUUCAGCUGUUAUUAUCAGCGGUUAUUAUCUGUUGGUCAGUCGGAGCUCUGAGGGAAACUGGACGGAAACUUGAUUUCAUUCCAACCGCAACGAAGGCUGCAGCCUCACUUUUGUUGUUAAUAAAAGAAAACGUGUCUUUGUUUUAGAUUGACAACAGGCAAUAUUUUCAAUAAAUAGUAUUUAUUUACAAA